AUGGCAUGGACUUCAGCUGCCGCUGCAAUGAAGGAUGCAUCAACAAUGCACCCAAAGCCAUCCGUGCGUUUGUCCCAUCCGUUAUCUGCUGGAGAACAGGAGUACAUUCACAAGAGGAAAGACGUUGUUUUGAGAACGCUCAACAGCCUGGGAAUCACCACCACAUUGGACUCAGUUCCCCACAUAGCCCUGCUGGCAUCAGGGGGAGGACAGAGAGCAGCGGUGGCUCUUAUGGGAUCCCUCCAUCAGAUGGAACAAGAUGGUCUGCUGGACACCCUGCUCUACCUGGGAGGAGUGUCUGGCUCCACAUGGUCCAUGUCCCUGCUGUACAGUGACCCAUGGUGGAGUGGUAACAUGGGCCGAGCAGUGUCCAGGCUGACAAGUAGCGAGGUGGGGCUGGAAGAUGCUCUGGCUUGGUUGGGCGAGAGGAUGAAGAAGGAGGACUUCUCUCUUACUGACAUAUGGGCAGUAAUUACCGCUGGAGUUAUCAUGAAGCAGCUCGACUUUCACCUUCUCUCCGAGGAGUCAGGUAGAAACGCCAUGAACCCUUACCCCAUCUACAGCGCAAUUGAGAAAACCUGCCACCAAAACGGCCCUACAACAGCUAAAUGGUUUGAGAUGACUCCUCAUGAGUCUGGCUUCACAGAGUUGGGUCUCUUCAUUAACACUUCUCACCUCGCUAGCCAACCACACGUACCGGAGAGGCAGGAAAUGGACAUGGUUAAGCUGCAAGGUGUAAUGGGGAGUGUUUUGGCUGAUGAACAGGCCAUGGUAAACAAUUUUCCUGAUUGGCUAAAAGCACCGCAGCAGGCUAAAAGUGUGUGGGAUGUGUUGCAACUGUACACGUGCAUGCACCACACUGUCAACAAGCUCAUGAAUGUGAUCAGAACCAACACAGACGAUCCUACGAGUCUAUCUGAGCUGGACGAUGUGCAGAAAACCCUGAAAGAAAAUCUAAACCUCCUUCCUUUUGUAACAUUUCAAAUGAUGAACCCUGAGGAGAGGAGGGAGAUGUUUGACCGCUGGAGUCAGGAGAUGUUGAAGCCCUUAGAGGCCUGGAUCCAGAUUAUGGAGGAAGGGCCGUACAAAGAGUACGUUUCUCGGUUGACUGGAAGCAUCCUCCAUUUGAUUGGGCGGUGGGAAUGGGGAACAACUGAAAACUUCCUCUACAGAUACCCAAAUGCAUCAGUGCCAUUUUGUCUCAGAUCCAAACAAAACCUGCACCUCAUUGACACUGGUCUGCACAUCAACAUGCCCUUCACGCCUUUCCUGGGACACAAGAGAGACAUAGACCUCUUCAUUGCUCUUGAGUUCUCUGAGGGGGAUAUCUUUAAGACCCUGACCCUUGCCAAAAACUACGCAGCCAAAGUAAAGAAGCCUUUCCCAGAGAUCGAUGACAAGGUCCUGCAGGAGAAAGACUGGCCAAAGGACUUUUAUGUGUUUGAGGGCAAACACAACGAACCCACCAUCAUUUACAUGCCUCUCUUCAACAGACACAACUGCAAAGAUGCCGAAGAGGUGAGGCAGAGAAUGGAAGAGUACUCCACCUUCCAGCUUCCUUACAGCCAGGAGAAGAUUGAGUUUCUGCUGGAGACAGCUAAAGACAACAUGAAGAACAACAAGGACGCCAUACUGAGAGAGGUCCACAAGGCUGCACAACGCAGACAGAGCAAUGGGUAG